GUCUGCGCAGCCGCAGUCAGCGCAGCGCCGGCUCUGCAGUGCCCGGACAGGGUCUGGUUGGGGAGGUCCUCAGGUCUCGAAUCCUGUGCCGGGACGGGAGGAGAAGCCGGCCCCAGAAGCUCCACGUCCUCCUGGGGAGAUGCAGAGCCUCAGGCCUGAGCAGACGCAGGGGCUGCUGGAGCCCGAGAGGGCCUCGGCGCUGCUGCCUUGGGAGAGCAGGGCCUGGGAGAGGUCCCCCCAGCCCACCAUCGCCAAGGACUGGGCGGCGGUGGAGGUCGGGGCCUCCGGCGGUGAGAGUGAUGAGAGAGACUUGUCUUCUCAAGAGACUGGACUUUCCCAGGACUGGAGCUCAGUGGAGGAAGAUGAUGAGUCAGAGGACUCCCAGGGCUUUGUGGAGUGGUCAAAAGCUCCACAGCAAACGACCAUAGUCCUGGUGGUGUGUGUGCUGUUUCUGUUCCUGGUUUUGACAGGGAUGCCCAUGAUGUUUCACAUUUAGCUGUAACAGUGGCUGUUGUUUUAAGUUAGAUACCCUGUGUCAUUUUAAGGAAGUGUCCAGGCUAAAAAUCAGGAAUGAGUAUUAAAUAUCAUCAAAUGCCUUUCAAACAUCCAUUGAGAUGAUUUAAAAAACAAAACAAAACAAAACUUUUUGGUAUGAGGUUUUGCAUUACUGUAUUUCAUUGAAAUUAAGACUUCAUUGAUUGUAAAACACAUUUUAGUUUGUAUACCACUGAGAAAGAGAAAUUGUAAUUAAUUGCAAAAUGUCACCAAUCAGAAGAUUCCUGCUAACUUCAGAGAAGGUGAAAACAGCUUAGGUCUGUGGACUCUGGUGACUUCCUAACACCACAGGUCUGUACAUUCUUAGGGCUGUGGUGCACCAGUCUUUCUACACUAAGUUCUGUUUCUGUGUUUUAUGUGGGGGCUCUUGUUCACAAGUGAGAUUGGUGCUAUCUUUAUGAAGUCUCGGCAUCAUGACGAGCUUGCAUCACAGGAAGACCUGAGUCCGUUUCGCUCUUUUUUGUGCUUUUGAAUACCUUCUCCAGUUUGAGAAGUCUCAAGCUCUUGGCAGUUGAGAAGAAUCCACCAGUAGAGGAGGCAGGUCCCUGAGCCAUGGAGGGAGGUGUCAGCUCACUCCUGGGUGGCUUUCUCUGUGCCCCUGUGAUGUCCGUUUAUUCAGAGCUUCUGCAUCUUGGCUUCCUUUUGAUGAUCUGCAGUGGCCUUUUAUCCCCUACAGGGUUUUUCAUUCCAUAGACUUUUUCAGAGAGCUACCUUAAUUAUGCAUCCUAUUUUAAAAUUAAACAGAAACUUUCUCUUUGUGGUGUUCUAUCCCCAUUUUCCUUUCAACUUCUGUGGUUUACUUGUAAUUGAUUUGUCAAAGUUUUAACAGACUGAUUACUGUUUUUCAAAGGGUCAGUAUUAUUUAUUUAUAUCCAUUAUUUCUCAUUUGCAUUUCAUUUUUAAAUAUAUUGUGUUUAUUUUUAUUGUUUUUAUUUCUUAUCUCAACUUUUAAGUUGAAUACUUAAUCUAUAUUCUCUUUAUUCUUGCAAUAAUAGAAUAUUUAACAAUAUAAAUGUUCGUCUGGAUAUAGCCUUGGCCGCAUCUCAAAGUUUGAUGAUUCAUGUUCAUGUUUAUGUAGGUUUUUUUUUUCCCUUAGUGUUCCUAGAGAGCACUUUGAAACUCAGUGAUUUGGCUAAUGUUUUGCUUAAAAUAGUUUGGUUUCUGGUUUUACUGCACUGUGAACAGAGAAUGUGGCCUAUAAUAUAUGUGCUUUCAAGACACUGUAAAAAACUGUUAUUGUAGCCUAGGACAUGUCCAAUUUUUGUCAAGUUUCAGAAACAUUUAGGAUGGACACGUGUCCUGUGUCUGUGGGAUCCGAACUCCCAGUGUCUGCUAACUGACCAGGCGCUGUCAGUCGUGUUGUUCAGAUCCACAUGUUACUUGAUUUGGUCUACUGCAUCUGUCAGAAACUAAUAAGAUUGUGGGAAAAUCUGUUAGUACCAUUGUUUAUCAAUAUAUUUUUAUAAUAUUGGCUUUAUGUAUUCAAUAGCUGUGAAAUCAAUGCAAAUAAGUCCAGCACUGCUGUCUUAGCUAAAUGGGCAAUAAUGUAAUACAUCAAGCACAGUUCCAGGCAUACAGUAGGCGCUCAAUAAAUGUCAGUUAAAACCUGA